AUGUCUGAAAGGUCGCAGAGACCGGAGUGCCAAAGCCGGCCCUAUGACUUCAGCCGCACCAACCCCUGUACCCAGAUUUUGGGUCAGGAAAGUUUGGGUGGCGCAGCGUCAUUUCAGCUUCCUCACGGCGUCCUGCCAGACCCGAGCCUCUUCUACAACAAAACCGCUUACACAGGCAUCACGCCGGCAUCUGCGCAGACCUUUUUCCCUUUCCCACCCGUCGCCAGCGACUACAGGGGAUCCGACCUGCAGGCUGGAGAGUUUGGGCAACCCAAGCACUGGUAUCCCUUCGCUGCGCCCGAGUACACCGGCCAGGUACCCGGCGUAAUAGCAGCUACCCAGCCUAUAAACCUGAGUCCCCCCAUAGCCGAGACCCGGGAGCAAAUCAAGCUGCCCGAAAUAAAGACUGAGAAGGACACUGGCGAUGACUUCUCAACGGAGAUCAAGGUUCAGCAGUACCCAACACCUCCGGCCUCCGCAGCCAUGCCCCAUGGAGUCCUCUACUCCACGGCCUGGAACACUUCCUUCUGGCCAGGGAUCACCCACAUCACACCGCCCGGCAGCAAUAAUCAAAACCCCUCAACAUCAUCUGCAUCUUCACCGUCUAUGUCCCCUUCACCCCCAAGUAACGGGCUUUCAGGGAACGCGUUUUUCAGCGUCAACUCAACUCAGGCGGCCACCGGGCCUCAGACGCAGAACCCGGCCUCCUCCACGCGGAGCAGCGGGUCCUCCAGCGGCGGGUGCAGCGACUCCGAGGAGGAGAACCUUUCCACCGAAGAACUGGAGCAGUUCGCCAAGGAGCUGAAACACAAACGCAUUACUCUGGGUUUCACUCAAGCCGAUGUUGGCCUUGCCCUAGGUAACCUUUAUGGUAAGAUGUUCAGCCAGACAACUAUUUGCCGAUUUGAGGCUCUGCAGCUGAGCUUCAAGAACAUGUGCAAGCUGAAACCCCUUCUCCAGAGGUGGCUGAAUGAAGCUGAGACCUCGGAAAAUCCCCAGGACAUGUACAAGAUCGAGCGAGUCUUCGUUGACACCAGGAAGAGGAAGAGGAGGACCAGUCUGGAGGGAGCCGUGCGCUCUGCCCUGGAGUCUUACUUUAUUAAGUGUCCCAAGCCCAACACCCAGGAGAUCACACACAUCUCAGAUGACCUGGGUCUGGAGAGGGAUGUGGUGCGCGUUUGGUUCUGCAACCGAAGACAGAAAGGAAAGCGUCUGGCCCUGCCACUGGACGAGGAGUGCGACGGUCAGUACUACGAGCAGAGCCACUCCCCACUGAACAUGGCCCCCUCCCCGAUUCCCAGUCAGGGCUACCCUGCUUCCAGCUACACCGGUGCCCCUCCUCCCACACUCUACAUGCCCCAGCUUCAUCGGGCCGACGUCCUGAAACAAGCCCUGAACCCCGGACUGGUUAGUCACCUGACUGGAUAAACCUGCUCAGGUAGCUGAAGACGAGCCUCUAAAUCCUGCAACCAGAUCGAUCGUAUCGGUGGAUUGUGACACAUUCAAAGGUGUGGAGGCUCUUCUGAGUGCAGCAGUGAGAGGGAAGUGAUUUCUUUAUCCUGUUCAGAAGGUGAAGCCGCCAAAUCCUCUUUGCAUCGACGUGCAACUCAACAACUGAUUUGACU